AAGAACAAAUCAAUUGAGGUCAAUGGAGAAAUGGGAAGGUAAGGUUUCAAGCACUCUAACAAAAGCAAAUGCAAAUCAAAUAUGGCCUUUGUUCAUAGACUUCUUCAACUUCCACAAAUGGUUUCCCAACUUGUCUACUUGCUACGGGGUCCAUGGUACCAAUGGCGAGGUUGGAGGCACACGCUAUUGUGCCGGUUUCUCACUCCCAAAUAAAGAUGGUGGCGCGGACCAAGUUAGCUGGUCAAAGGAGCGGUUAGUAGCCGUUGACCACGAGAACAUGGCCAUGAGCUAUGAGAUGGUUGAUUGCAAUGUUGGGUACAAGUCUUAUCUUUCGACGAUCAGGGUUGUUGGCGGUGACGGUGAAGGUGAAGGGUGUGUGAUCGAGUGGUCGUUUUCUGUUAACCCGAUUGACGGGUUAACGUAUGAAGAUCUGUUUCAGAGAUAUCAAACCAGGCUUGAUCAAACCACCAAGAAAAUGGAGGAUAGUUUGGUUCAAAACAAUGGUUAAUCUUAUAGUUAUAGUGUUAAUUUGUUUAUUAAGCUAUUAACCCUUUUCAGUCGCAUUUUGUUAAUUAUGUCAAGUUUAGUUAAAUAAAGUUGUGUAUCGUAUGUUGUUUUAAUUUGUUUAUUAAGCUAUUAAUUAUUUUCGUAUGUUGUUUU